AUGACGAACAAGGUGAAGAAAGGACGACCCAAUCAGUACGAGAACAUGAGGCACAUGCAAAGGAGAGAAUUCAGACUCACUUCUGGACUAUACUGCCAUGAGUAUCCCCCCAACCAUGAGAGGUUGGGUGGUACAACAUUCAUGAUAAAGUAUUUUGGAGGGAAAAGGGUUACAUAUGCUGACCUGGAGAAGCAGAUGUUGGCAAUAAAAUCAAAGCCAUCUCAGGAUCGUCUAAAGAUGGCCGCUCUAUGCGUGUGUAAAGUUCCCUUGGGGCGGUAUGCAUUCGAACAUAACUUGAAGGAUGUCUCUAGCUUCUUGGAGACAUGCAACGGGGUUGUGCCGACGAGUUGGGUUUUUACAAGCUUUCCUAUUCCUUUGGAGUUGUUGGCCUUUGAGGCAAUUCCAAGCUUGAGGAACCAUUUCCGAGAAAGUGUGAAUGGUGCUCCCCCUGGUUGCCCGCGGAUGUGCAAGAUGCAGUACAAACGCAAAGGUGGAACGAAGGCAUUCAGUUUGAAUGCAGUGAACGAUAUUGUGAGUAUCUUGGUAGAAACACUGGCUGAGAAGGAACUUCUGGAAAGCAUAGGGAUGGGCAAGGAAAGAUGUUGGGCCGAUGACAACGAUGAUGUAGCAGUCGAUCCUCAAGUUGAAGGUCCCACCAUUCCUGCUAUUGGAGGAGGAUCCAAUAAUGCAGAAUCUGGACAGACUGAUGCAUAUUCGGUGGAGGGUCCUGGUGCUGAGGCUUUAAAAGCGAUGGAAGGUCGGCUAAUGUAUGCAAUCUCGGAUUGUAUUAAGGAAGUGAACAAAAAAGUCAAGUCAUUGUCUAACCGGCUAGCUCUUGUAGAAAACGAAGUGAAAAGUCUUAGGGUGAGUGUUCCCGGAAGGAGUGAACUGCUGUCGGAAGGGGAAAGUGAUAAUCCAUCCGACCAAGAUGGUAGUGAUAAUCCAUCGGAGGAAAAUGGUGGUGAUAAUCCAUCGGAAGAAGAUGGUGGUGAUACUCCAUCGGAGGAAGAUAAAGAUGGUGGUUCUAAGGAUGAUAGUGUUCUCGCUAUUGCAAACCAAGUGCAGAUUGAACAUGGUAAUGGUGAUGAUGACACGGAUGAUACUGCAGAGAUGUCUGAAGCGGCUGAGAAGCACGAGAUUGAGAUACUUGAGAAGAAAAAUACUGAGGACAAGAAAAAGAAGAGAGUGAGAAAAGAUGAUGGAAAAGAAUUACUUUCUUUGAAAAAGCCAAAACCAUCGAGAAGGAGUCGCAUUUGGACAAGAGGCCUGAAGAUGGGGGGAGGCAGCUGA